AUGUGCGUGCCUCUUGUGUCGUUGCACAUUUGGAGCAAGCUUCAAGGUCAGUCCGAUGAUCCAUCUUACCUCGGGUGCUUCUCGGAUCCUGCUGAGAACCGCGUCUUCGAAUGGCAGUCUUCUACCUCUGCUAUGACCGCAGACGUGUGUUCGGAGCUCUGCUCUGGGUCGGACUUCUAUGGGACCCAGUAUUCGACAGAGCGACAAACAUCGCACUCCGCUCUCGCAACCACGACGCUCCCGCACUCCUUUGACGCCACCACCAAAAUCAUUCCGAACGUACGUCGUUCGUUUCAAUUCAACAAGUGCUGGUGCGGUGACAACGUCGGAUACGCCAUCAAUGGCCCCGGCGACUGCGCCAUGCCCUGCUCCGGCAACUCUGACGAGAUCUGUGGCGGGUCGUACGCUCUCUCCGUCUACUCGAACGACCCCGACUACCUUGGGUGCUGGAGCGAUCCCCACUCGGCGGAAACGCGGCUGUUUCCCAUCCUGAUCGACACAUCGGACGACAUGACUACUGCGGUGAGCGACCGGCACAUGUGUGCAGCAGGCUAG